UUUGGGGGGAUUUCGGACGGGCUGCGCGUCAACUGAGAACUCCCAAAAAGUGAUUGUCGUGACUCACGCAUAAACUGCUCAUGUACUAUUAGGGGAUGUUUCGUUGUAUUUCGUUGUAUCUACGGCGGGUUGUAUUCCUUUUCUACGUUGUUUGCUAUGGUCGGCUACCCCAUCUAUCAGUCAGGGGAGCUAGUUUUCGAAAUAAGCGCCGCGUACGCCUCUCUCAUAAUUCUUGAUUCGAGUACGUUGGAUGUCGCGCAUUUGCUGAGCAAAUGCCUGCCCGUCUGCGUCCAGCAUGUGGAGCUCGCCUUGUCGAAGAGCUAGCAGUCGUUCCAGAAUUCCCAUGGCUUUGAAAAGCGUCAAACAGAGCGGGGUUCCCUCACGGUGGAUAAUGAUCUGCACUGGAAUUCCGCGCGACAAGUGUCGGAUGAUGUCGAGGUAUUCCCACCACAACAUCACUGAACUGCUGAACGAGUCGAUCUCGGUCAUUACCAGGGCGAUUCCAACCGGUGGAUGGCGGUUGCCGUGCAACCACCGCCAGGUGGUGCACCAGGGUAGAGAAGGUCGGAAAUGUCGCCUCGUAUGGCUCGGAGAAAAUGCUGCAGUACGGCCCCUCAAGCAAAUCGAAAUAGCUGCGAGUAUAACUUGUGUACGCAAGUGGGGAGAUCUCCGCUCGUCUAGCACGGCGGCCGCAAAAGAUUGGCCAGAUGGAGUCAGUUUCAGGGAGGUCAUAUCGCAGCAGGAAGUUGAUGUUGCUACGGUGGUAGUUUCGUGGUUUUUUCCUCUUCAAGUUGGCACUUGCCCGUCCCAUGCAGAAGAAGACAACCUCUUGUGUAAACAAUUCCUGAAUUUUGUUGAUCCAGUGCGACGCUGUAGCUUUUUCGGCUUCUGUGAUGCGGUGUACAUCAAGUCGUUUCUCGCGGAUCAUUGCAGGCGUCACGGUUGUGCGGUGUGAGGAAGCCCCAUCCCUGGCACACACCCCAGUGCAGUGAGCGAGCUUGGUGUUAGUAAGUGG